AUGCGUGGCAAAGGAGGGCAGCAAUGGGACGAGGAUGAUUUUUACGAUGAAGAGGACGACUGGGAUGGAGACUGGGAGGACGAUUAUGACGAGACGGCAGCCAAGCCCGCUGCCAAGGGAGCAGCAAAGGCGAAGGCGGCGCCUGCCGCAGCAGCAGCGAAAGCCAAGGCGCCACCGGCCGCCAAGCACGGCGCAUACCCCGUCGCGCCCGCCGUGCCAGCGGUCGAAGGCGCGGCCGCCUUUGACUUCAGCUCGCCCUCGCCGGACGACGAGGCGCGCGCUGCGCCGGCUGGUGCGCACGAAAUCUGGGGGCUCGAGCGGCAGCGUCCAUCACCUGCGGCCGUGCGCGUGACACACUUGAUCUUAGUAAUCUAA